AUGGCAGGAUCCGCAGCAGAGAGUCAGCCCGGGGCACAAAAUGAUCAUCACGCCCAUCCUGCUACCAUCGAGGUGGAUGCUCAGGCUACCGAGAAUGAUUCUUCUUAUGGCAGAGAACUCUCGACCUACACUGCGUCUUUGACGUCUUCAGCGUUGGCUUACCGCCAUGAGAAUGGCAGGCGCUACCACGCUUACCGCGAUGGCACCGAUGAGUAUCCUUCUGCUGAGGUCAUCGGGAAUGAUCUGAGUCCGAUUCAACCAACCAUGGUUCCUCCGAAUCUGAGAUUCCUCGUCGACGACAUCGAGGCAGAAUGGGUUGAUGACGGCACUCCAUACGACUUCAUCCAUGCCCGUUACCUAUGCUACUCCAUCAAGGAUUUCAAAAAGUUGCUGAAGCAAUGCUACAAGCACACCAAGCCAGGAGGCUGGGUGGAAUUCCAGGACUGGGAUGCGCUGGCACGGUCUGAGGAUGGAUCUAUGAAAGGCACGGCACUGGAAAAGUAUUAUGAAGCCUGUAUUCCUGCCUUUGAGAAAGCAGGGUAUCCUACGAGACCGGGUCCGCACCUUGAGGAAUGGUUCCGUGAAGCAGGGUUUGUGGAUAUCCAUGUCCAGAAGUACCGGGUGCCGGGGGGACCUUGGCCGAAGGAUCAAUAUUAUAUGGCUAACUUCCAGCUCCCGCAGAAAAACAUCGGAACGUGGAUGCUACUCAACCUCGAGUCUGCCUACAGGGCAGCUGCCAUGGCAGUCCUGACGAGAUUCGAGUCCUGGAAGCCCGAGGAAGUCGAGGUUCUUGCCGCGGGGGCUCUGCGUGAUAUUAAAAAUCCUAAGAUCCAUGCGUUGGCCGACUUUUAUGUUGUGUAUGGUCGGAAGCCUGAGUGA